AUGGUGCAAGCUGACGAAAAUUCCAAGGAAGAUGUAGAGGCAAUGAUACGCAAGUAUGAGCAAAGAAGGCAGCAAAUAUUGGAAGAGGAACAGAAACGCAAAAAGGAGGGCAUGAACUUUUCCUCAGAUGAAGAUGAUAUAGCGGAUGAGAUGUUUCUUUCGGCAGCACAAAGAAGAAAAGAAAAAAUGCACCGCCGAGCUUUGCUGAAACAUGUGCUUGCUCCAACAUCCGCGCAGCAAGAGGAAGAAAUGUUAGCGAAAAGACGGAGGCAAGAAGAAGAGAAGAAGACUGAAGAAUCUAGGAAAACUCUUUUGGAAAAGCAUGCAGAACUAAAGGAGCAGGAUGCAAGUGAGCCGUCACCCUUUCGCUACCUUUAA